CCGCAGUCCAACCCAAGGAAUGCCCCGCUGUGGUGCUGCGGAUCUCAGCCUGAGAUUUGCUUUUUCUUAUUCAUUUUUUGAAUCAUGUUUAUUGGAUUCUUUGAUUUGAUUUGAUCUGGUUAUUCAUUUGUUUCCUGCAUGUCGAUGACCCAGCUGAGCCAAUCCAUAUUCUAUCUUAUGAUUUCAGCUGAUAUCCCGAGUUCCAUGGUCCACAUACAACACUGCAUGCACAGAGUAGUGUCUUUGUGUAUGGUACAUUCUCAAUGUGGAAUUACAGUCAUGUUCUAUGGUCUACAUUACAUUGUAGUAUGAUACUACUGUUCUCCGUCCGUGUUCAUCUAGUCAUGUCGAUCUUCUACAGUAUAUUCUCAUAGGUUCACCAUCUUCCAGUGACUCCCGUGCCAAACGGACUACUGCAUCUUGGCGUCUCAAGC